AUGUAUGACUGUGUGGCCACUACCAACUCCACCACCAUAAUCAAGUUUGCUAACAACACAGUUGUGGUGGGCCUGGUCACUGACAACAGUGAGAUGGCCUAUCUGAAGAAGAUCGGAAAUCUGGAGAACUGGUGCCAGAAGAAGAAUAUUUUCCUGGUCAUCAAAAAGACAAAGAAGAUAAUAGUGGACUUUAGUAUAAAGCAGACAGGGGCGAUAGGCUGGCGCCAGCAGUACGGCUAUGUGAUCGAAAGCCCCAAGAUGGGGGCGGGGGAGAGCUCUGCAAAAGGAGAAAAUUGCCAUAUUCUGGAAACCCCAGCAAGUCCUCUGUUGUCCAAAGAUGGAGAUCUAAUAAUAGGAGCCAUCUUUUCAGUACAUCGUGGUACAGAGAUUCAGUCACUGGCCUAUACUGAAAAACCUCAACCUUUAACCUGCAUUAGAAUUGACCUCAGAGAAUUCCGCCUGGCUCAAACCAUGAUGUUUGCAAUUGAUGAAAUUAACAAAAGCAACACCUUGCUCCCAAAUAUCUCACUUGGUUACAGGAUUUAUGACAGUUGUCUCUCAAGUUUGUUUUCUAUGAAAGCAGCCAUGGCUUUUAUGAAUGGUAUGGACAUGACAGCAGAUGAUUCUUGCUCUGGACAACCAGUAGUACAAGCCAUCAUAGGAGAAUCAGAGUCUACUCCUACUAUAGCCCUCACACGAACUACAGGGCCGUUUCUCAUACCUGUGGUAAGCCAUGCUGCCACAUGUGAAUGUUUAAGCAACAGAAAACAGUACCCUUCUUUUUUCAGGACCAUAGCAAGUGACUACUACCAAGGUAGAGCACUGGCAUAUUUGGUCAAGCACUUUGGCUGGUCUUGGGUUGGAGCUGUGUACAGUGAUAAUGACUAUGGCAACAAUGGAAUAGCUAUUUUUCAUAAGGCAGCCAAAGAGGUUGGAAUAUGUGUUGAGUACUCUGAGAAGUUUGACCGGUCAUAUCCUGCCAGAAUGAGUAAAGUGGUUGAUAUUAUUAAGAAAGGCACAGCCAAAGUAAUUAUUGUAUUUUUUGCCUACUUUGAUAUGAACAUUCUAAUAGAACAGCUUCUGCUAAAGAAUAUCACUGGGUACCAGAUGAUUGGCGUUGCAUGGAUUUCUGCUGUUGAUCUAGCAACUCCAGCAAGUUAUAGGGUAUUGGCUGGAGCCAUUGGUUUUGAUGUGGGGAAAUUGAAGCUCAAUCGUUUUGCUGACUAUGCUGUCAACAAAUUUUGGCAAAAAGAUUUCCCUUGCUUGUCUACAGAGGGAAACUUUUCACAGACUUACACAUCCUGUAGCAAAUAUAAUGAUGUAAUUCAAUUUAAAAACUACAGUAAGGAUAUAGCAGAAUUGAGGUAUAUUAAUAAUGUCUACAAUGCAGUUUAUGCUGUAGCACAUUCUCUACACAGUCUGUUAAGAUGCACAGAAAACCAGAGUUGUGAGAAAAAUAAAACAAUACAACCAUGGAAGGUUGUUAACUCUUUAAAAAAGGUCAAUUUUAUGAGCAAUGUAGGAGAACAAGUGUGGUUUGACACCACUGGGGCAACAGCUCCUAAGUAUGAUGUGGUGAACUGGCAACAAGGGAUCAAUGGAGAAGUGCAGUUUAAGGUUUUGGGCUAUUAUGAUGCCUCCCUACCAAACGGACAACAAUUUGUCUUAAAUGCUGAAGAUAUACUGUGGGCUGGAGAGAAAAAGGAGAAACCAAGGUCUGUGUGCAGUGAGAGCUGUCCUCCAGGAACCAGAAAAGCUGCACAAAAAGGAAGACCUGUUUGCUGCUAUGACUGUAUACCAUGUGCUGAGGGAGAGAUCAGUAACCAGACAGAUUCAAGUAACUGUGAGCAGUGUCCAAGAGAAUUUUGGUCUAAUGCUGUGAGAGAUAAAUGUGUCCUAAAGGUUAUAGAGUUUCUUUCAUUUACAGAGGUUAUGGGGAUGGUAUUGGUACUUUUUUCCUUGUUUGGAGCUAUAUUAACCAUGCUAGUUGCUAUUUUAUUUUUAAUAAAAAAGGACACUCCAAUUGUUAAAGCCAACAACUCUGAGCUGAGCUUCUUGCUGCUCUUCUCUCUGACUCUGUGUUUCCUUUGUUCACUUACAUUCAUUGGACGGCCCUCUCAGGGGUCCUGUAUGCUGCGCCACACAGUAUUUGGGGUCACAUUUGUCCUUUGUAUCUCUUGUGUUCUGGGGAAAACAGUAGUGGUGUUAGUGGCUUUCAGGGCUACACUUCCAGGCAGUAAUGUCAUGAAAUGGUUUGGGCCUCUACAGCAGAGACUCAGUGUACUUGCCUUCACUUUUGUACAGGUCCUUAUUUGUGUGCUUUGGUUAAUAAUUUCUCCUCCUUUCCCCUACAAGAACAUGGACUACUACAAGGAAAAAAUCAUAUUAGAAUGUAAUUUGGGUUCAACCAUAGGCUUCUGGGCAGUGCUGGGUUAUAUAGGACUUCUUGCUUUUUUGUGCUUUGUUUUAGCUUUUUUAGCUAGAAAGCUACCAGAUAAUUUCAAUGAAGCUAAAUUUAUUACAUUCAGUAUACUUAUAUUCUGUGCCGUGUGGAUCACCUUUAUUCCAGCUUAUGUCAGCUCUCCCGGGAAGUUUACUGUAGCUGUGGAGAUAUUUGCCAUCUUGGCCUCCAGUUUUGCUUUAUUAUUCUGCAUAUUUACACCCAAAUGUUAUAUUAUUCUGUUUAAGCCUGAACUAAACACAAAGAAAAAUAUGAUGGGUAAAAUGGCAUCCAAAACAACCUAA